AAAUUAUUUACAAAAACCACGUUUAUAUUAUAUUAUUUUAAUGUUAUAGUGUUAGAUAAAUAAAACAAAGGUGAUACGUGUUUGAAUAUAUAAGUAUAGAACUUAUAAAGUCAACUACAAUGAACAAUUUGAGGCUUUUCCUAUCGAAACAUAAUCUGAUAUCGACGAUAAUCGGUGUGACUAUUGGGAUUAUAUGCGGUAUGAGUCUUAAACAUUUUAGCGAAAAAUCGUGGUCUGAUCGAAAUAUCAUGUAUCUCAAAUUUCCUGGAGAACUGUUUCUCAGAGUGGUGAAUUGUUUAAUAUUACCGCUUAUUGUGUCUAGCAUUGUAAGUGCUACUUGUAAUCUCACUAAAUCCGGACGAAUUGGAUUAAUGGCAUUAUGUUAUUAUUUAACGACUACUACGAUUGGAAUAAUUUUAUGUGUUAUACUUGUUGAGACUAUUCGGCCGGGCGAAUUGAUGAGAAAAGAGGAUAUUAUUCCGCCGGUGUCUAUAAAAACCUUUACGACAGCAGAUACAAUUUUAGAUUUAAUUCGUAAUUUAAUUCCUGAUAAUUUAGUACUUGCAUGCAUGUAUCAGUAUAAAAUCGUCUUGGAAAAACCAAUUAAUGCAAAUACAGUACCAAUAGAAGAAUGGCCCAUAACAAGUGAAUAUGUAGCAGGAACAAAUGUCUUGGGUUUAGUAUUUUAUAGUCUAUUAUUAGGUGUGGCAAUUGGAAAUAUAGGUACAACGGGAAAGCCAUUAUCAGAUUUUUUCAGUUGUCUAACUGAUGUUACGAUGAAAGUUAUGAAAUGGAUAACAUUAAUAGCACCGAUAGGCGUAUCAUUUCUUAUAGCUGGUCGAAUUCUGGAAAUCGAUGAUUUUGGUAAUAUAAUAAGUCAUUUCGGAUUUUACAUUUUAACUGUGUUUACUGGUCUAAUACUGCAAGGUUUUGUAUUAAUCCCCUUUCUUCAUUGGAUUAUUACGCGCAAAUCACCGUAUAAAAUUAUAUCUAAACUUGGUCCAUCCUUUGCAAUAGCCAUUGGAACAUCGUCAAGCACUGCCACAGUUCCAUAUACAAUACGAUGUUUAAACGAUUUGAGAAUAAAUUCUAAAAUAACAAAGUUUCUUAUACCAAUUGGAGCAACAAUAAAUAUGGAUGGAAUAGCCUUAUACGAGACUAUUGGAGCAAUAUUUAUUAUACAAUUACGUGGAUUGCAAUUUUCAUUAUUUAAAAUAAUAAUCAUCAGUAUUACAUGUACAGUAUCAUGUGUAGGUGCUGCUGGGAUACCUAGCGGUGGUUAUAUGAUGUUAAUAAUGGUGUUAAACUCUAUAGGAGUACCUGUUGAAGAUGUCGCAUUGAUUAUCGCUACUGAUUGGUUUAUUGAUCGCUUUAGAACGACAAUCAACGUUAUAGACGAUGCACUUGGCGCAAGUAUUAUAUCUCACUUUUGUAAAGAAUACUUCGAGGAGGAUGAAAUGCAAACAUUGAAAACAGACAUUAUUUGCAAUACAUAAUUUACAUAAAUGCAUUUGUAUAAUAAAAGCUAAAAUAGAUAUUUUAUGACAUAGAUACAUGUAAUAGGAAAAUUUACUAAAUAUUGUAUAU